AUCCAUUCAUUUCCUCCUGAGAAACACACGGCGGCGGAGGAGAGACAGAGAGAGCGAAGGGGGUCACAUCAGAAAGUGCGACAGGAAAACAAGACAGAAAAGAGGGAGGCAGAGGGACACUGUAAGGAUAGUGGUUCUCGCUGUCAAUUACUGAGGUUAAUAAACAAGGAACAGUGCUAUCAGGAUGUUGAUGCUGGAUGGGAUGCCAGCCCUGCCAGUCAAAAUCGAUCCUGCAGAGUCACAGAGACGGUCUCCUGUGAUCCAUGACUACACAGAGAUGGGCGUGCUAGUGUUGAACCGCAGAUUUCGGACACCAUCAGAUGAUAGACGAUUCCUGUCCGACCCCUUCCAGAUGCAAACAGAACCCGUGGACCUGUCCACCAACAGAGCCAGAACCUCCCCAUCACUUUCAGCUUCAUCAUCUUUAUCCUCAUCUCCCUCGUCGUCCUCAUCAUCAAUACGAUUUUGUCCACGGUCCCCUCCUUCCGGCAAAUCUGUGUCAUCUUCAUCACCGUCAUCAUUAUCUAUGCCUUCAUCCUCCUCCACUUCUGUCAUAACCCCCGUUCCUCGUUUGAAGAUGUCUCCAGUGGUGGCCUCUCCCCCGUCCAGGAGUCUCAGGGGGCAGUCGUUUUUGCACAUACCCCAGCUGAUGCCUCCUUGCUCCAGCCCGGUCCACCUCCACCCACGCCGUGUGCCGGUGGUGGUGCACCCCAUGCCGCUGGUCUAUCAUGGAGUAGGAUCACUGGGAAACAGCAGGCUCAUGAUGCCGCUGCUGGAGGAAAACAGGAUGCACAGGAAAGUCACGCAGAGAAUCGCAGAUGGACUGUCACCGCGGCGAUCUUUGAGUGACAGCGAGGAUGAUGACCUGCCCAACGUGACCUUGGAGAGUGUGAAUGAAACAGGAUCCACUGCCCUGACUAUCGCCCGCGCUGUGCAAGAUUCCCUGUUGCCGUUCAGCAUUGAGAGCCUGCGGAGGCCCCGCCCAUCAGAGUCACCUGACUCAAAGAGGAGGCGCAUUCACAGGUGUGAGUUUGAGGGCUGCAAUAAGGUUUACACCAAGAGCUCUCAUCUUAAAGCCCACAGACGCACACACACAGGUGAAAAGCCGUACAAGUGUACGUGGGAUAACUGCACAUGGAAGUUCGCUCGCUCUGACGAGCUAACACGACAUUACCGCAAACACACCGGUGUCAAACCAUUCAAAUGCAGUGACUGCGACCGCAGCUUCUCCCGCUCGGACCACCUCGCCCUCCACCGCCGCAGACACGCCCCACAAACAUGCAUAGUGUGAAAAAGACGUUUGGUGGACAAUAUAAGCAGACAGAGCAGGUCUCUAUCUGCCAGUGUCACAUGCAGAAGAUCUGGAAUUAGCUACUCCUCGCACAACAAUGAGGUGAAAGACUUAGGAAUUUGACAGGAAUGAGAGAUGGAAGAUGUGGUUCAUGUAUUAUGCGAUUCACGUGCAUUUAUAUACAUUUCCCUCAUAUGGUUUAUCUUCUGCACUUUUAUGUGAGGUUUAUUCAAAAAGGUGGGAGCCUCAAUUUGGCACAGAGUCUUGUAGCUACUAGCCUAACUAUUAAAAGCCUGUUAAAGGUGCUGUAUAUGAUUUUUAUAAAUAAAUACAAUAGAAUCAGUAAGCAACUAUUUUCCAUGUAAAGAUAUAGUGUAGUAAUAGUAAUAUCCUUAACAGAGAGUGAAGUCAGAGCCCCCCCAGUGUGUGUAAUUUGAGCUUUUCUGUUAGUUUUCAGUAGUCGGGACGGCCGGGGCGUGUUUGUUAUUGUAUGUGAGCCCUCCCUUUAAAACUGUUGGCAUUUAUAAAAAGAUAAUAUGGAGCUUUCUGCUUCCACAUGCCAUGUUUCAAUAUUAGCAAAAUACUUACCUCGUCACUUGCCAUUGUUUACAAAAGCCAAAGGUAUCUCUAUUUCAUUAUAUAUCCCAUUUUCUUCAUGCCGUUUCUCUUGGGGGGCGUGGCCAAACGGAGGGUGGGGGUGUGGCCAAAGCGAUUCUUUUAUAUUUUUGUUUAAAAAACAUUGCAGCAUUGAGGAGCCUAAAUCUAUUCAGUGCAAAGCCCACCCCCCCCCCCCCCACCCCAAAACACACACACACACAAAGAAAAAGAGGACAAACAAACAUAAAACUUGACAUUAUAACAAUGCAUUUACUGAAGGUUCACAUUCUAGCUUCAAAUUCUUAUAUUAGAAUAUCAAAUUAUAUACAUAUAUAUAAUUAUAUAUUUAUAUAUAACUGAAUGUGAGGAGAUGGCGUCGUAUGCGGGAGACAUUCUCUCACACCGUUUUAAACUUUCCUUGCAUCAUUUGUGCACAAAACUAGUGUAGCAGAUGUCUGUAUAUUUUAUAGUCUUUACCAUGUGGUAUAUUAUUUUUGUUUGUUUGUAUUGUGUGUCAUAUAUUUGUUCUGUAUUCUGAGAUUUGCACCCUUUUGACCAUAAAUAUGUGAUGCCAAAAUUUAUAGUAUUUUACAGGGAGCCCAGUGACUAAAAAUCAUGAGUGUAAAUGAUCGUCAAAUGAACAUUCCUUUUUAUUUGAAUUUUUUUCUCUUCUACAAUGAUCUAUCUGUAAAUGAUGAUAUGGUAAACAUUUCAGUUUUAUAUGGAUUUAACUGUGAAUUUAUACAUAAAUACAGUAUAUGUUAGAAAAAGGCAUGAAUAAAAGCACAGAUUUGUAUGUACA